AUGGUAAAUGAAGAUCCCAACCUGGAGGAGCAGGAUGGCACCUCUAAGAAGGAGUUUGAGCUCCAGGCAGAUCCCAGCAUCUCUGCCCAUCUCGGUGUCUCUGUGAACCCUAGCAGUUCAGUCCAACCCAGUGCUUUGGCCCAACCCAGUGGCUUGGCUCACUCAAGUAGUUCAGCUCACCCAAGUAGCUCAGGCCCCAAGGACCUCAGUGUGAUCAAGGUGAGCAAGCCCUGUUGGAUGUUGGUCCUGUUUAGCUGCUACUCAAUGUGCAAUGUGUUCCAGUGGCUCAUUCAGUAUGGCUCCAUCAGUAAUGUCUUCGUGAACUUUUACCACGUCAGUCACUUUGCCAUUGACUGGAUAUCCAUGUGCUACAUACUGACGUACAUACUUCUACUAAUGCCAGAGGGCUGGGUGCUGAAAAAAUCCAGCCUGCACACCAUUGCCCUCACCUGCUCUGCUCUCAACUGCUUGGGGGCCUGGGUGAAGUUGGGCAACCUGAAGCCACAUCUCUUCACAGUCACUGUGCUGGGCCAGGUCAUUUGCUCUGUGGCCCUGGUCUUCAUCCUGGGCAUGCCCUCCUGCAUAGCUUCAGUCUGGUUUGGGGCUAAUGAGGUUUCAAAGUCCUGCUCCAUAGCUGUCUUUGGCAAUCAGCUUGAAAUUGCAAUUGGGUUCUUGGUCCCUCCUGUUUUGGUACCCAAUAUUGAAGACAAGGACAAGUUGAUCUACCACAUCAGCAUCAUGUUCUGCAUAAUAGGUGGUAUUGCCACUCUUCUUUUCAUCCUUGUCAUCAUCAUAUUCAAGAAGCCUGAAUAUCCUCCCAGCAGCCAAUCCCUGAAUUAUGGCUUGGUACCCACUGAUGCUUCUUACUUUAGUUCCAUCAUCCAGCUCUUCUAAAACCUCAACCUUGUGCAAUUUAUCAUCACCUAAAGUCUGAAUGCUGGAGCUUUUUAUGCCUUGUGCACUGUGCUGAAUCGUAUGGUGAUCUUGCACUACCCAGGGGAAGAAGAGAAUGCUAGAAGAAUCGGCCUUACCAUCAUUUUUGCAAGAAUGCUUGGGGCUGUGAUCUCAGGCAUCUGGCUUGAUUGGUCCCAAACAUACAAGGAAACAAUCUUGGUGGUCUAUAUCAUGACUCUGGUGGGCAUGGUGACAUACACAAUGUCCUUGAACCUGGGACACCUGUGGGUAGUGUUCAUCACUGCUGGCAUAAUGGGCUUCUUUAUGACUGUCUAUCUCCCACUAGGAUUUGAGUUUCCUGUGGAGAUGACAUACCCAGAAUCAGAAGGCAUGUCAUCUGGCUUUCUCAACGUGUCUAUCCAGGUAUUCAGGAUCAUCUUCACCAUCUUCCAGGGCCAUAUUACCAACAACUAUGGAACAAUGCCUGGGAAUAUUUUUCUGUGUAUGUUCCUCACCCUUGGAGCAGCCCUCACUGCAUUCAUCAAGGCAGAUCUCCAGAGGCAAAAAGCAAACAAAGAAACUCCUGAGAAUAAACUCUCAGAGGAACAGGAGGAGGUAAGCAGUACCAGCAAACCACCCACCACUGUGUCUAAGGAGUGUCUCUAA